UGUGGCGACUGUUGUGUUGCGUGGAUCAGCACUGUUGUCAGUGCGCACAUUCUCUGCAGAGCCAAAGUUUUGUGUAAUACGCGUUACGUAGUAGUUAUCAUAGAUUUGAAAUCAUGUAGGGGUCUUUAGUAAUAACAUUGCGCGUAACAGCUGAAAAUUCAGUAAUAUCCAUGUUUGAUUUGAAAGGGGCGUGCGCAAGGUAUGUGUGCUGUCCAGCAAAAUGAGCUGUUCUCCGUGCUCUCCAGAUGGGACAGACGACUACACCGUUCAUCAAGAAAAUGAACUUGAGGCCCUUUCAGCUAUAUUCGGAGACGACUUUGAGGACCUCCGAACGAAACAACCUUGGAAGAUUCAAAGACCCCCGGAGGUAUACCUUAAGUUACGACCGAAAGGUUUAGGCAAUGGGCAGAAAAGUUACGUAAGUGUGGAUUUGCAGGUCAAGUGCCUGCCAACGUAUCCCGAUGUGCCUCCACAACUUGAGCUGAAGAAUGCUAAAGGUCUGUCCAAUGACAACCUCCAGAACCUCCAGACACAGCUCACUGAGCUGGCGUCUGAGAGAUGUGGUGAGGUGAUGAUCUAUGAGCUGGCGGACCACGUGCAGGGCUUCCUGGUGGAGCUGAAUGUUCCGCCGUCACGCUCCUUCCAUGAGGAGAUGCUCAAGAACCAGCAGCGACAGCAGGAGCUAAUGGCCCUGGAGCAGCAGAAGCGCAUGGACCAGCAGCGACGCCAGGAGGAACAGAUGCAAAAUGAAAUCCUUGCUGAAAUCCAAAGACGGGAUCAGGAGAGGAAAGAGGAGAGGAGAAAGAAAGAAUUGGCCAAGCAGGAGCGCCUGGAGAGUGAAGUACUUCCACUGGAGACCUCCGGGAGUUCCAGUUCUCCUGCUCCCCCUGCAGAACCUGUAGAACCCAAAAGAAUCCCCGGCAACCGCCGGCGCACCACAUCAAGCACCCGUCAUAGGAGAGAUACAGGUGGUGAUGAGAGUCCACGUGCAGAGAUACUGCACUUCUACAAUAGCACUAUAGGAGAGGUGCUGGUGCACAGAGGGAAAUGUAUAGGAGAGAGUGACCGGCUGGGCCGUAGUGUGUAUUACGCCUUUGAGGCCACUACUGGAGAUUUUGCGAUAGUGUACGAGUGGACACUUUGUUGGAGCAAGAAGAUGGGCAAGUUCCUCACCAGCCAAGAGAAAGAGAAGAUAGAGAAGUGCAAAAAACAGAUCCACGGUGCGGAGAGCGAGCUGAACUCGCUGCUAAAGCUAGAGCACCCCAACCUGGUACAGUACCGUGCGCUGAGCUGCAGUGAGCGCGACGACAGCCUAGUGGUGGACCUGCUGGUUGAACAUGUGCCCGGCGCCACCAGCCUGGCAGCGGGGCUGGCCACGGGCACGCCGGUGCCUACUGACUGCCUUCGGCAGCAUGCUGCGCAGCUGGUGUCGGCGCUGGACUUCCUGCAUGCCAACUCGGUGGUGCACAAGCAGCUGGACGCGGGCAGCGUGCUUCUGGACGCUCGGGGUGACGUGCGGCUGGCCGACUACAGCCUGUCCAAGCGGCUAGCAGACGUGUGUCGCGAGGACGUGUUCGAGCAGGCGCGUGUGCGCUUCAGCGAGGACGAGGCGCCCCCUAGCAGACCGGGCAAGAAGGGCGACGUGUGGAGUCUGGGCCUGAUGCUGCUGGCCCUUCACCAGGGGAAGGUGGACAAGGAGUACCCUCCGACUGUGCCCAGCGGCCUGCCCACUGAAUUCCAGGACUUCCUGCGCAAGUGCUUGUGUCUGAAUGAUGCUGACCGAUGGACAGCUCAUCAGCUUCUCGAUCAUCCAUUCCUCCGGUGCCCAUCCCCCAAAAACAUGCCACAGUGUCAAGAUGCCAGCCCAGAUGACACUGGCGUUGACUUUGCGUCCACUGUGGUCCCACGCAGCCAUCUCCUCAACGCUCCCUUCAGUCCACCUGUGCAGAAGCAGUUCUCCCGCUAUUACGAUGAGUUUGAGGAACUGCAGCUACUUGGAAAAGGGGCUUUUGGGGCAGUCAUUAAAGUCCAGAACAAUUUGGACGGCUGUUACUAUGCGGUGAAGCGCAUCCAGGUGAACCCGGCGAGUCGGCAGUUUCGCCGCAUCAAGGGCGAGGUGACGCUGCUCUCGCGCCUCAACCAUGAGAACAUCGUGCGCUACUACAACGCCUGGAUCGAGCGGCACGCCACCCCCGCCACCUGCGUGCUCAGCAGUAGCAGCGGCACCGAGAGCUCCACAGCCCCUCAGACCAGCCCUGAGAGGGGGGGAAGAGGAGGAGGGAGUUCUCCCCCGGGCCGGGUCAGGGGCCUGGGCUUGGGUCUGGGGGCCCCCAACGGCAGGGCGGGCCCCCGGCUGAACGAGCUGGGUCUGCCUGAGUUGGAUGUGGAGGAGGCAGCACCUCCACCUGCGCUUGCCAGCUCGGUGGAGUGGAGCACGUCCAUCGAGAUGUCGUCCAGCGCCAAGUGCAGCGGCCAGGAGUCCAGCAGCGGUGAUGAGGAGGAGGAGGCUGACGUGUUCGGACCAUCCUUCCUAACUUCUGAUGGAGACUCCGAGAGCGACAUCAUCUUUGAGAAUGGGGAUGACAGCGGAAGCAACUGCUGUCCUGAGGAGCCAAGCAACAGGAGAGGGCCUGAGGGGGACACCACAGAGAGCUCUGAUGCUGAGAAGCCCCUGCUCAUAGCCCACUACCUCUACAUCCAAAUGGAGUACUGUGAGAGGAGCACGCUACGGGACACCAUUGACCAGGGGCUGCACCUGGACUGCAGCCGUCUGUGGAGGCUCUUCAGGGAGAUCCUGGACGGCCUGGCCUACAUCCAUGAGCAGGGAAUGAUCCACCGAGACCUGAAACCAGUCAACAUUUUCCUGGACUCCCAAGAUCACGUCAAGAUCGGGGACUUUGGCCUGGCCACCGACCAUCCAGCUAAUGUGGCUGCUGGCAAGCUGGAGGUGGAGGAGGGCAGCUCAGGCCUGGUUCUGAAGCCAGACCCUACAGGGAACCUGACUGGCAUGGUUGGCACCGCCUUAUACGUCAGCCCAGAAGUGCAGGGCAACACCAAAGCCACAUACAACCAGAAAGUCGAUCUCUUCAGCCUAGGGAUUAUCCUAUUUGAGAUGUCCUAUAGACCCAUGACCACAGCUUCAGAGCGGAUCUCAGUCCUGAGCAUGCUGAGAAUGGAGUCUGUUGAGUUCCCAGAGGACUUUGUGGAAUAUGAAAGUGGAACUCAGAGGAAGGUGAUUGGCUGGCUGCUAAACCACGACCCGGCGCUGCGUCCCACAGCCCAGGAGCUGCUGAAGAGCGAGCUGCUGCCGCCGCCGCAGAUGGAGGAGUCGGAGCUGCACGAGGUGCUGCAGCACACCAUGGCCAACGUCAACGGCAAGGCCUACCGCACCAUGGUCAGCCAGCUCUUCUCCCAGAGCACGUCUCUCGUCAUGGACUACACCUACGACAUCGACAUCCACAAGGGCAGUUUUAAUUUCAACAGCGCCAAACUGCAACAGUAUGUGUACGAAACAAUCACCAGGAUCUUCAGAAAGCACGGUGCUGUGCGGCUCCAGAUGCCACUGCUGUUGCCUAGGAACCGGACGUUGUAUGAGGGCUGUGAGCUGGCCUGCUUCAUGGACCACAGUGGCAUGCUGGUCACACUGCCCUAUGACUUGCGGUUGGCUUUCGCAAGAUUCGUUGCUCGAAACAACAUCUCACACUUAAAAAGGUACAGCAUAGAGCGUGUGUUUCGGCCGCGGAAGCUGGACCGCUCGCACCCCCGAGAGAUGCUGGAGUGCGCCUUUGACAUCGUGGCCCCAGUCACCAACACCCUGCUGCCCGACGCAGAGGCCAUCUACACCAUCUCUGAGAUCAUCCACGAGUUCAGCGCUCUGCAGGAGAGGAACUACACAGUCUACCUGAACCACACCAGCCUGCUGAGGGCCAUUCUGCUGCACAGCGGCGUGCCUGAGGACAAACUCAUGCAGGCAGCCAACAUCCUGUGUGAUUCCAUGAGUGAAAAGCUCACAAAGCGAGAAGUGGAGGCCAAGUUCUUUAACUUAUCUCUGUCCAACAACAGCUUGCAGACGCUGUACAAGUUCAUUGGGCAGAAGGGUGAGCUGCAAGACCUGGUUCCCUCGCUAGACUUCCUGACCAAGCAGAAGACGGCCGUGACCCAGCUGGCCAAGCAGGGCGUCAAGGAGCUGGAGGAGCUGACCAGCCUGCUCAGGAAAUUGGGCAUCAAGCUGCAGGUGAUGGUGAACCUGGGCCUGGUGUAUAAGAUCCAGCAUCACAGGGGGGUCAUCUUCCAGUUUGUGGCCUUUGUCAGGAAGCGCAGACGCACGGUGCCUGACAUCCUCGCCGCUGGUGGGCGCUACGACCACCUGAUCUCAGACUUCCGCGGCCCGGUGGGACCAGGCCCCGCACCCUCAGCAGUUGGGGUCAGCGUGGCGCUGGAUAAGAUCUGUGGUGCUGUGGCCUCUAUGGAGGAGCCGCCCCAGGUAAGCUCCUGUGAUGUGUUGGUGGUUCCUGUGGGUCACACCUCGAUGUCUCGGGCCAUCAACGUUACCCAGAAGCUGUGGACGGCUGGCGUGUCUGCUGAAGUGGUCUAUGACAUCUCUCAGUCUCAGGAAGCUCUGUUGGAGCACUGCAGACAGGCUGGCAUGGCCUUCAUGGUGAUGGUGUCUGACAAGGAGGGGAACUACUGCAAGGUGAAGUCCUUUGAGAAGGACCGGCAGUCGGAGAAGAGGAUUCCUGAGUCCGAACUGGUGGAUCAUAUCGUACAAAAAUGCAGGACCAAAUUCUCAGAGGAGAGAAACAGAGACGUGUCUGAUAGCUCCUCUCUCCAGAACCCAAAGGGAUCACUGCAGACUAGCUCAGGGUCGUCAGAGCAACAUGGGAGCAACUCGGGAGGGAACAUGAACGUGAACCUCAUCCCCCCAGAGAAGCUGUCGGCCAGCACUCGCAGACGAUACGAGACCACGAUACAAUCCAGAUUGCAGAACCUUGGUAGCAGUUUGCAGAACAAGACCAAUGACAUCGAAAUCUUGGCGGUUGACGUGGCGAAGGAAACCCUCAUCAACUUCCUGUCUCUGGAGUUUGAUGGUGAGGACGAGUUCAACAACAGUGUGAAGCACUUACUCUCAAGGCUCCCGAAGCAGAGGUACCUGAAGUCCAUCUGUGAGGAGAUCCACCGCUUCAAAAUGGUGAAAAAAGUCACCGUGGUUGUACUGUACAGCUAUAGAGACGACUACCACAAGGUCCUGCUCUGAGCCAGCUUCUUCCUAGGAGUUACUGCCCUGGACUGAGCUUUUAUUGUCACAACUUAUUUUUCCUCUCUAGCUUUUAGUCCUCCUCUUUGUGGAGGCAUAUUUUUGGUACAUGGUUUGACUGAAAGACAAGGUGGCAAGUAUCCAAUGUCUCAAGUAUCCUCAAGUAUCCUUGGUAGUAUCAAGAGACACAACCAAGAGAUCUAAUGCCAAAGAUGCCGGACAAGAAGAGAGUGUUGUCAUGAAGGUUAAAUGACUGGUUCCAAUAGCAUUGGCCGGUGUUAUUUAUUCAGAUCCGUGCACUCAAUGGCCCUGGUGGUGUUACAACAUCACCAGACUCUUGCCUUACUUAAACGAGUUAGCCAUCUUGGAGGAGUGCAGUGCUUAAUGUAAGUGGCUCUCACAAUGUAUCAUAUACAUACAAGAGGUAAUUAAUGAUGUGAACAAAAAUGUUAUUAAAUGUAAUAUUUUCCCUUA